AUGUAUCGCAAAGUGAACGACCAUGUCCUGAUAUGUCUGCUGUACGAAUAUAAGCUUGGUCGGAGCACGAGAACGGCCCACGAGAAUUUGAUUCGCGCCUUUGGCCAAGGUGCGAUUGCAGAUGGAACAGUGGUCAAGUGGUACACAAGAUUUCGACGUGGCAGACAAACCUUUUAUAAAAGGGGGAAUCCUGGCGGAUCACGCGUUCUGGAUGAUGACGAGCUGGAGCGGACAGUGAAGGCGAAUCCGAAAAUGUCCAUCUCCAAACUUGCAAAAAAGUUCGGUGUCGGUAUGACAACCGUCUGGAAACAUCUCAAAAGGAUUUCAAAUGGCCAGAAAAUGGCUUUUAUAGGUCCGAAGAUAAACGACAAGGUGAGCUUUCGAGUUUUUGAGAGUUAA